CAAACUUUAAAUUUCAGCAAAUGCCCAGAGACUAAGCCCGAAGAAGCCAAGCUUUCCUGAAGGUGAAUGACGCCAGAGGGCCUCAUGAAGAUGCAGGCUGUGUCUGUUGGACUGCUCCUCUUCAGUAUGACCUGGGCGGCACCAAUGCCGAAUGAAGACAGGAGCAGCUGCGGCAAUCAAGACAGCAUUCACAAGGACUUGGCAGCAUCUGUGUAUCCUGAUCCCACGGUGGAUGAAGGCACAGAGGAUGGGCAAGGUGCUCUCCUUCACCCGCCUGGCCAGGACAGGUAUGGUGCUGCCCUCCUCAGAAAUAUCACGCAGCCUGUAAAGAGUCUAGUGACUGGGGCCGAACUACGGAGGGAAGGAAACCAGGAGAAGAGACCUCAGAGUGUUCUAAGCGUAAUUCCAGCAGAUGUCAAUGAUGCUAAAGUCUCCUUAAAAGACAUAAAGAAUCAAGAGAGUUAUCUGCUAACCCAGAGCAGCCCGGUCAAAAGCAAACACACCAAACACACCCGCCAGACCCGACGGAGCACUCACUACCUGACACAUCUCCCACAGAUCAAGAAGACUCCCAGUGACCUUGAAGGCAGUGGCUCCCCAGAUCUUCUAGUGAGGGGAGAUAAUGAUGUCCCCCCUUUCAGUGGAGAUGGGCAACAUUUUAUGCACAUUCCUGGCAAAGGAGGUGCUGGGUCUGGUCCUGAAAGCUCAACUAGUCGCCCCCUCUCAGGCUCCAGCAAAGCUGAAGUUAUUGACCCACAUAUGAGUGGACUAGGCUCUAAUGAGAUCCCGGGGAGAGAAGGACAUGGUGGCAGUGCCUAUGCAACCAGAGACAAAGCUGCACAGGGGGCAGGCUCUGCAGGUGGGAGCCUUGUGGGGGGCAGCAAUGAAAUCACAGGCAGCACCAAUUUCAGGGAACUCCCCGGAAAAGAAGGAAACAGAAUUAAUGCCGGCAGCCAAAAUGCUCAUCAAGGGAAAGUAGAAUUUCACUAUCCACAAGUGGCCUCGAGAGAAAAGGUAAAGGGGGGCGUGGAGCAUGCAGGGAGAGCUGGUUACAACGAAAUCCCCAAGAGCAGCAAAGGUAGCUCUAGCAAAGAUGCAGAAGAGUCCAAAGGGAACCAAUUAACCUUGACUGCAAGCCAAAGAUUUCCAGGUAAAGGCAAAAGCCAGGGCCCUGCUCUGCCCUCUCACAGUCUUAGUAAUGAGGUUAAAAGUGAAGAAAACCAUUAUGUGUUCCAUGGACAAAAUAAUCUUACACCGAAUAAAGGGAUGUCACAGCGGAGAGGCUCCUGGCCUUCGAGAAGACCCAAUUCCCACAGGCGCGCUAGCACCCGCCAAAGAGACAGCAGCGAGUCGUCAUCCAGUGGGAGUUCUAGUGAGAGUCAUGGUGACUAGUCCCUGGGAUUGAACCAGUCCCCUGCUCUAGUCCUGGAGGAAGAGAGGGCACAGCAGGAACUGAGCAAGCCAACAGACCUGGUCCCCUCCAGGACAUUGUGCUAUUUUAAUGGUGGUUAUAAGAAUUUCUACUCAAAGUUCUAAUGCUUUUUUCAAUAAAAACUUUCAUAAGAAUUUGUAUAAUAGGUAAUAUUUGGACAGGCGACACAUUAAAAUAGUCUGUGAAUGUCACAAGUGCCUUGAUACGUCAUCAUUUGCUCUUCAGACAUGAAAAUAAAUAUGCUUGCUCU